GCGCGUGCGCAAUUAGAUCAUAAUGAAGAACGACGAAUGGCAAUGAAUAAUGCCGAACAGUAAAUUAUGACUCGAAUCGGAAACUACUGGAUACAUAUUUUAGAAAUUUGAUAUUGAACAACCUUUAGAAGUAGAACUUCAAGGGAUGUGAUGUUUUGUGAAAGGGUUCGUUUGUCUUUAGACAUAAAAAGAGAGAAUAUAGACGUGGUUUAUGUCAAUGACUGGAAUAAAAGAGCUGUCAUACUCAUACACUGUGGUAUCCACGGAAUCAAACAAUCAAAAAUCUGACAGCUCAGUGGACAAAAUGCCGAAAAAAGUUCGGAAAUGGGAAGUGUUUCCUGGAAAAAACAAAUUUUAUUGUAACGGAAGAAUUAUGAUGGCGAAACAAAGUGGAAUAUUUUAUCUAACUUGCUCAUUAAUUGUUGUUACCAGUGGGUUAUUUUUUGGCUUUGAUUGUGUAUAUUUAGCAGAACAUGUAACACCAGCUAUACCAGCUAUAGGGGUAGCCCUCUUUCUCUUUGUCAUGAGCACAUUAUUUAGAACAAGUUUCAGUGACCCUGGGGUCAUUCCUAGAUCAACACCAGAUGAAGCAGCUGAAAUAGAAAAACAGAUAGAAGUGCCAAACACAAGUUCUCCAGGAACGUAUCGACCUCCACCCAGAACUCGAGAAGUUGUAGUAAAAGGUCAAGUUAUUAAACUCAAGUAUUGUUUUACAUGUAAAAUAUUUCGACCACCCAGAGCGUCACAUUGUAGUCUGUGUGACAAUUGUGUUGAGAGAUUUGAUCAUCAUUGUCCGUGGGUUGGUAAUUGUGUUGGAAAACGGAAUUAUCGCUAUUUUUACCUGUUUAUCUUGUCACUGUCUGUUCUGUGUAUCUAUAUAUUUGCCUGUGUAUUAACACAUCUUAUUCUAAGAGCCCAAAAUGAUAAUUUCUUAAAUGCAAUGAAGGAAUCGCCAGCCAGUAUUGUAGAAGCCAUUAUUUGUUUCUUCUCAGUCUGGUCCAUAAUUGGUCUAGCUGGCUUUCACACAUAUUUGGCUACAUCAGAACAAACCACAAAUGAAGAUAUUAAAGGUUCGUUUACAGCAAAAAGAGGACAAGAUAAUUUUAAUCCAUAUAGUAAAGGCUCUAUCAUUAAGAACUGUAUGACAGUGUUAUGUGGACCAACAGCACCAAGUUUACUUGAUAGAAGAGGUUUUGUGGUACCAGAGGUAUCCCAGGCUUUAGUUGUACAAGUUAGUGAAAACCCAGAGAAGGAACACAAUUCUGUUAAUGUUCGUCAUGAAUAUUAUGGUUCUACAAAUAUUACUAAUCAAAAGACAAAUAGUACAGGAAUGAAUACAGCUGAUGAUACUAACAGUGAAAGUAAAAACGUAGCUAAAAGAGAAAUGAUAACGUAUCAAACACCAGAUGGUACAGUUAACAGUAAGCUUCCUCCUAAUAGUGGCGGUGGUCCUCCAACAUGCACAGGCCGCAAAAACCACAUAUGGGAUAUGACACUCAAUCAACUUAAUUAUAUGGAUAUCGUCAUUCCAAUUACAAGUGAAAAUACUGAUUCUGGAACCAAGGGUGAAAAGACGGUCGUUUCACGUGGUUGCAGUACAGAAUACUAGCUUAUACUUAUUGUGCUUAUUUAUACUAUAAAUUACUUGAAAUUACUUACAGUAUCGUAUUUAUUCGCUUUAUUCAUGAAUCUGUCCGUGAUAUCUUGCACACUCUCAUUGGAAUUGGUCAGAAUUUUCAGGAAUUUUCUCGCACCCACCACUACCAGAGAAAGUAUUGAGCUAAAAUUUCAAAGUUUAUUCAAUAUUUCAUUGCAUAUAUACACAUACUAGUUAUAGAAACAAUAAAAAUGCUUUAAAAUUUCAUUAUCUCUAUAACCAUAGACAGUUUAUGCUGUCCAUGCUAUAACUUAUAAAUAUUGAAAAUGUGUUUUGGGUGCUUCUUCAAAAAAACAUCAUGGCUUGAUAAUAACUAGUGAAUAUUAGCUGAAACAUCGCUCAGUUAUAAACUGCUUAAAUAACAAGAGUUAUGCCCCUUUAUUUUUGGUAAAAUGUCCGACAACAAAAAUAUUGAAAUCCCAUCACUGGCUGAAACAUCGCUCAGCUACAAACUUUUUAAUUAUAUUCCAAAGAAUUUUGUUCUGUGUAUUCGUAUUCUUACUCUCUCAAGAUGGAGAAUUUUGACUAAUGCUGUCUGAGUGAACUGAGUCACCUGGGUUCUGGCUUUUAACACUAUCCACUUUCAGCGCUUGCUACCCAUUUCGGUUUUUGUGAUGAGAUCUGCACAGUUAUUGAUUGGCUCAAGACCAAAAGUAUAGUGUUGAUUGACACGUAAGAAUGUUGUCUCCAUCAACUAAGGACGUAAAUAUGGACUCGUGUGUGAUUAGGGUUGUUAAAUGGAAUGAGAGGAAAUUUUCUGAAAAACAAGCCUUGUUUCGUCUUGAUUUGUCUACAUUAAUAUUAUAUAUAUAUAUAUGUGAUUUAUAAUAAUGAACAAUAAUUGUUGUAUAUAAUGAAUGUUAUUGUGAUUAGCUGUAGUGAUAUCUAAGGAUCUAAUUGAUCGAUUCGGUGCAAAUCUGCGAACAAAAUACAAAAAAAUACCUAAAAAAAAAACAGUUGCUAUUAAAUACAUGUAGCUUACACAAAGAUGAAAUUAAAAGGUUAAUAAUUAAAAUUGAAAAAUUUGAUUUCCGAAUAUUGUUGAAGUACAAUUAUGUUGUUGAUUUCUAUUGUAGCUAGCAUGACAUUGUUGUGAUGAAAACUUAUUAACUCCAUGUAGUUUUAUUUGUUUUUAUGUCUUUAAGCGCAUUUAGUCUACGGAGUUGGAAAUCGUAAACAAUACUGAAAUGCAUGGACAUGGAUUUGACGUAUUUUUAAACUUCUUUAUUUUUACCUCAUAAUUUAUUUAAUGUUGACUCGGAAGAGAAAGAGUUCUUCCCAGUUUAGGAUAUUUUAAUAUUGAUGUGCCAUUUUGAGUUAUAAUUUCAUGAAAUUGUCAUUCAUUACAUAUGACGUAUGGAUUUAGCUGAUUCAUUGAUAUUAAUUAAUUAAUUCAUAUGUAUUUGUAUUAUUGUUGUUACUGGGACCAAGUAAAUGAAUUUAAAAAAUUAAAAAGAUAUGACAGGGAAACAAACAUAUACAUACAUGUAGCAGUGUUAAAAUAUUUGUCUAUACUGCAAUUAUUGCUCAGUAUAUAUAGGCAUACACAUGUAUAUAACACUUGCAAAUUGUCUACCAGAUUCAAGCAAAGGGAAAAAAAGGAAAGAACAUCAAAUUUUGAAGUUUGUAUUGGUCAGUGGAUCAGAGUACAGGGCCCUGUUUCUCGAAAUCUUAACUAAAGUUAAAAUCCAAUUCUAGUAGAUACUUCAAUCUAGUAUUAUCCAAUCAAAUUACUAAAAUUUGGAUUUUAUCUUAGUUAAAAUUUCGAGAAACAGGCCCCAGGAUUGUUGUCAAAUUUAAUUUCCAAAAGUAUAAAUCAUUGAUCAUAGUUAAUUAUAGUGCUUCAUUUUUUAAAAACAAUUUUAUUGUAAUAAUCAAACUUCUAAUGAAAAUCAGAUUUAACUUCAGUAAUUUACAGAAUCAGGGAAAUUAUAAACUUGGAAAAUUUAAUUUGAAUUUCAGAUUUUAUAUUUUCUUUUUAUUUGAGAAAUUUGGAUAUUUUUUAUUUUAAAAUGCCUGUGUUGAUAAUUGCAAAUUGUGACCCCAUUUGACAGGUCUUAUUACGUAUUCACCAUGAUAAAAAAAAUAUAUAUAUUUAGUGGGAGAGUAUCAUAGAAUAAUAACAUCUCUUCGUGCAUCCUCUGUGACAGUAUUUUAAACUAAUCUAAUUCAUUCACAGAACACAGUUUUUUUAGGGAAACAAUCUUUAGUUUGAUUCUAAAUGUAAUUGUGCUUGAUAACGAUAAGAGUAUACUUGUCAAAUUGUUGUGCUUUUGUAAUAAAAAAAACACUGAUGGUUUCCCCAUAAAAUUGUGUUCUGUUAAUCUGUUUCCCAGUCGCUCAAUGCCACUUAAACGUUAUUUCAAGUUAUUUUCUUUACAUCGAUAUAAAGAGAAAAUCUGUACUAGGGUGUUCCGAAUGAACGAACAGCGUUUUUAAAAUACAUGCCUUAGUUUAAGUUCUAUUAAUGAGGCCCCACGUUUUCUGAAUGACAUAUUGUACAUAAAUUGAUGUAAUUAAAUAUUAUAUUUUAUCUUGUGAAAACUACAUUCGUGGUUCCUUUUAAUCUGCUUGUCACUGUUAUUUACAGAAUUUAAAACAUCAUGUUCCUUUUCAUUAGUAUUAUAUAUAAUGUAAACAUGACUAAUAUUUAUAUAAUCUAAAGAUGUAUGUAUGUAUACAGUAUGUCAGUCUGAUUCAAACACAGAUCCUAUUUCGUUUCGUUUUUUAUAGUUCAAAAUUUCGUUUUACUUGUCAUUACUACACUAGGAUCUGGAAGAAUUGUUAUUACCACGGUUUGGUUAAUGUGAGGGAUUAGCCAAUGAAACGAUCCUUUACGGCGACUUCUUGGCGUGCCAUGCACGGACCUGUUGGUAAAUCACUAGAAACGUCAACGCUGAUUGAUUAUUCAAUGUCUGACGUCAUAGGUUCAAAAGCCGCUCGUGUGACCCCUGACACGACCGUAUAGUACAACCAGUCAGAUCUUCAUGUAGUGUAAGCCAUCGAAAGUAUAAAAAUGAAACGAAGUAUAGAUCUAUAUUUUAAUGAGAUUGACAGUAUGUGUGAUUAUCUUACCCAGUUGUAAAACAAUAAUAUUAGCUUAUUGUCCUUUGUGGUUGCACAGAUUCAUGUCAUAAAGAAUGUAAUAUGUAUUGUGUGUAAAGGGCUAGUCAAUGUACUAACAGGUAAAUGACAUGUAGCCUGUUAAUGUCCUUAUUGCUGUGUUAUUAACAUUAUUUUUAAGGAGCCACCUCACAUAUUUGUGCUGGAAUUUGUGUAUACCCUGGAAAAUCUUGAGUGACUCCUUUGAAGUGAAGCAAGUAACUUAGAACAAAAAUAAAAACAUCAGUUUAAAACAUUUUAACCACACAACAAUUCCUUUAUAUUAUCAAUAUAUGUUCUAUUUGUCAGUUAAAAUUGGAAAUUUAUUGACUAAAACAUAUUUGAUUAGACAAUUUCUGAGUCAAGGAUAAUAUAAUAAAGCUGAUUUAUCUAUACUGUUGUGACUUUGAAAAGAGUUAUUAAGUUUUGAAAAAUACUGGUGUACAUUUUGACCAAGAACAACAAAUAUUAGAUUUCUUUAUUAUUUUACUGAAUAUAUUUUGUGAUUAAUUAAUUUUGUAACCGAUGAUAGGGUAACAAAUAUGAUUUUAUUUUUAUUUUAACAAAGUGAUAUCUGUAGUUUAUUAGCUGACUGACGAUACUGUGAACAAGCCUAAAAGUACAUUUUAUUUUGAAAUUGAUUUAUUUAUAAUACCAGUACUUAAAAAAAAAAAACGCUACGAUAAUGAGUUUUCAUUAUUCCCUAUUUAAUUUAAUGCUGUCAGAACCUUAAAAAAAUUUAUUUAUUCAUUAUGAAAAAGAAUAUAUAGGUUUUAUUUUUUUAAUAGAAAUGUGAACAAUAAAAAGAAUUUAUAGGUUUUAUUUUUUAUUAGAAAUAUUAAAAAAAAAAGAAUUGAGGCCAUAUUGUUAUUGUCUGUGGGGUUAUAUGAUUUCUUUUUUUGUUCUGACAUUAAUGAUGUUAUUGAGCCGAACAACAAAUGAGCACCUAAUAUUAUUUUCCAUUUAUUUGUACUGCCACAUUAUGUACGUGUAGCAUUUUUUUCAAAAUUAUCUUGUAUGUUACAGGUCACAGGAUUUUCUAUUUAAAUUAAUGUUAUCUUGCACGAUGAACUGUAGAUGCCUAGGUAUCACCAGUACUCUAUAAUUAAUGUAUUAAAUACAUUUUUAUAUGCCCAUAUUUAACAUGGUUGUAUGUUGAUGUCACCUCUGUCUGUGCAUUGAUAUGGGUUAUCUAACUCAUUAAGAGGAAGAAGCCAUUGUAAUUAUUAUUAAAGAUGCAUUAUGUAAAAACCAAAUCUUUCUAUUGCAGGUCUAUCUUUGGGCCUCAAAUGUUAUAUAAAUUAUUAAUUAUACAUUUAUUCACAUGACAAACCCAUCGGAUGGUCACAAUUUUUAUUAGAUUAAAAUGCGAUUGCCAUAUAAUAAUAUAAGUUAAAAAUGAAUAAUCAAUAAUCAAGACUGUUGAUUAUGGUAGCAAUGAAUAUUGAGAUUACGCUAUUCUUAUGCAAAGUUACAACAUUUAUAACUUUGGUCAGAAUAAAGUAGUUUUACUGAAAUUUUCAAUAUAUUCCUUUUUCAUUAUUUAUUUUUAAGCUAUGAACUCUUCAUCUAAAUCUUACAUAAUGCAUCUUUAACUAAUCUUUCUGAAAUUUAAAGUAAUUGUUGAUCCUGUUGAAAGGAAGAACACUAUUGAUGUUCAGCAAUUUUUGAUAUUAACUUCUGGAGUUAUUCCCCAUUGACACCUUGUUGGAACCUUAAAGACGUCAAUUAUAAUCUGAUCUUUUUAAAAUUCCUAUGUAUUGUUUAGCUCAUUACUACUCAAGAGCUGUUGUUUGGUGUAUGUGUAGUUGCCUGGCAACCUAUGGUUAAUUAAUUAACAUACUAUUUUUUUAUAAUGAACAGGUUAUUUAGAAAUUUUUGAAACUAGAAUUUGGUCAGUACAUUCGUGCAUUAUAAAGGCUGUUCAACAACCAAAAAAGUAUUUGAUAUACCUGUUAUGUUAUGACAAAUGCCUUUUCAUUUUUCUUUGAUGAAAUUUAUUGUAAAUAGUAAGUGUAUAAUUUAUGUAGUAAGUAUUGUGGAUGUAGGUACUUGCCAGUUAUAUUCCAUGUCAUAUACUAUGUCUUGUUGUACUGAUACUGCUAUAUUGUUUUAUAAUCUGAUAAAAAGUAUGAAUGUACCUUCAUGAUCUUUAUCUCUCUCUCUAUCUCUUGAUUUCAAAAUGUCUUCUUCAUACAGAAUAAUUUACUUUUUCUACAGCUUUUGUGAAUAAAAAUUGAAUUUGUUUG